GUGUAAAACGAAACUCUGCCUCUGAGAGACACUGCACUUCCCUCAGAUCUGAGAAACUCCAGUGUUCACAAGCAAAAACUCAGGGCAAACAAAGCAGUUCAUGGAGCGGCUUUGUUCUCCUAAACGGCUGCUGUCAGCAUGUUUUGUCAUUGUGAUCGGUUUGGCAAUUCAGAUUUAUGUGCAACAGAGUGGCUCUUUGAAUAAACAAGAAUCCAAUGAUGAGCUUCGGAUCCUGCUAAUCGGGAAGACAGGCGUGGGCAAAAGUGCAACAGGAAACACCAUCCUUGGAAAAAAGGCUUUUGAAUCUGACAUCUCCUCUUCCUCUGUAACCACAGAGUGUGAAAAAGCCCAAGAUAGUGUACAUGGCAGAAAAGUAUCUGUUAUUGACUCUCCAGGCCUGGUUGAUACUCGGUUAUCUGCAAAGGAGGUGAUCACUCGCAUUAAGGGGUGCAUUCCAUUCUCUGCUCCAGGACCUCAUGUUUUCUUACUUGUGACUCAAAUAGGUAGAUUUACAGAGCAGGAAGAAGACAUUGUUAAGACAUUUCAAGCAAUUUUUGGGGAAAAGUCCUCAGUUUAUACUAUGGUUCUCUUCACUCAUGGGGAUAAACUGAGGGGGAAAACUAUUCAUCAGUUUGUUCUCAACAACACAAACCUUUUGGAUUUCCUCAGGAAAUGUAAUGGUGGAUACCAUGUGUUUAAUAAUGAAGAUCAGAAUCCAAAACAAGUCAUCCAGCUCCUGGACCAGAUUGAUAAGAUGGUCACUUUAAAUGGAGGACAAUAUUACACUACAGAGAUGCUUCAGGCAGCAGAGAGAGCGAUAGAAGCAGAGAAACAGCGGAUCCUAAAAGAGAAUGAAGCGCAAAGACUAAAGGAGAUAUAUGAUCUAAGGGCUAAACUUAAAGGGGAAGAAUUUGAGAAAGCAAAAAAAAAAGUUCAAGAUGAAUAUGAAAGAUGGGCAAGAUACAAAGCUGAAAGAAGCCCCUCAGUGUUAGAAACUAUAGGCAGUUAUUUAAAAGCAAUUUACAAUUCGGUUCAUGACUUUAUAGUAAGCCACAUGUAAGAUUAGACUUACUUUGAAAGUAACAACAACAACAAAAAAUAUUAAUAAUAGUCUCUUUUCUAUAUUGAUUAUAUAGAAGAGACAUUAGAAUGCUAGAAAAGAAUAUGUGAUUGUGGAUUAUUUAAUUUUAUAAUAACCUAAAUUAUUAUUCUAGUUUUAAUGUAAUUACAAAUCCACCAUUCGAUGAAUUACUUUCAAUUAUUGAAAGAAAUUUUUGAAAGCUAUUUUUUCAUGAAAUAGGACUUAAAAUAAUAUUUUUUAAGAAAUUUGAAAAGUUAACAAAAGCAGCCAUAAUAUGGAUAAAUAGCAGUGAUGCAGGCUGAGGCAUUCGCUAUAAUAAUGUGGUGUUGAUAAUAAAGCUUUUCUCUGCCUUUUCCUGGUUUUGCUUCAAAGCAGUAUAUUUUGGCUAAUGUUCAUUUAUAACAGAGACUUGAAAAUGCUUAUUAAAAGGUUAAUGUAUUUUGGAUGUCUAUAAAUUCCAGCAGCUUGACAAAUAUGUUCCAGUAACCUUUUAUGUGAAAACAUCAAAUGAGUAAUUAAUCCUUUAAGUGGUAAGUAAAAUUACAUGUAAUAGUAUCUUCCUUCCUUACUUUUUUUUUCUCCUAGAUUUCUAAACAUGGGUGUGACCACUUACAGAUAAAGAUGAUAUAUAAAGAUGGAAAUUAUAUCAGCACAUUUCCAGAUGAUUUUUCUAAAGGCAUUUUGUAAAAUGACGUUCUGAAUACUUUCUCCUUAUUACUUUCAAACAUUUUAAUGACAUUUUACCUACUGGACAUGUUUUAAAUACAUAAUUCAAUACUGAAUAUUAAGCAAAAUAAAAGGAAUUGUUUUUGUCCCUUA